CCUUAUUUAGUCGACGUAUAUGAAGACUGAAUGUACUCCUCGAGUGUGGCGAAAUAUAUUUAUUCCUUUUUCUGGAGAAAAUUAUGUAUCUAUCUGUAAAUGUUUUUCCCGUCAUAUUUGCAGCUCGUAACUUAAACGACUUUCAAGGUCGUACACAAUGACAACACUAACACCGCUUGUUUAAAAUAGGAUGUCUUCAAACUAUGUUCUUCCGAAUUCGCAGAAUACAAUUUAUACCCAAAAACAGCUGAAUAGUCAUGUGAUAUAUUUCACUUAUGUAUCAGUGAAGAGAUCAGGCACAGCUUAAUGAAAUGGAGGCAUCUCCAAAAGACAACGAUGACGUUAUUGAUCGUUACGGAUUUUUUGGAGGUGUACAGUUCUGUGAACCAGAUAGCAGCAAACUUUCUGAUGAAUCUUUAAAAAAAAUUCGCCUAAAAGAAAUAAAAUGGCAAACUAUGCUUACUGAGUGGGAUAAGUGGAUGUCAUUUAAAGCGAAUAAAGUAAGAAAUCGAUGUCGAAAGGGUAUUCCACCAGCAAUCCGUCCAAGAGCUUGGCAAUAUCUCUGUGGAAGUUAUCAUUUGUUUAAUCAGGAAUAUGGAAAGUAUCAGAGACUUUUGGAAAUGCCAGGUGAUCCAAAAAUAAUAUCACAAAUCAAACUAGAUAUUGACAGACAAUUAUCUAAUCACGUUAUGUUUGGAUCGGACAAUACCAACGGAAAAGAAUCUUUAUACAAUGUUCUCAAAGCGUAUUCACAAAUGCAUCCUGAAAUCGGUUAUUGUCAAGCUCACGCACCAAUCGCUGCAGCCUUGCUUAUACAUAUCCCAGAAGAACAAGCGUUCUGGACAUUUGUCUGUUUGUGUGACCGAUACAUGGUUGAUUAUUUUAAAUCAGGUCUUGAACGUGUUAAAAUUGAACUCAACAUGUUAUUUGCUUUAGUGAAGAAGUAUCAACCGGAGAUACACAAACAUAUGGUGAAAUGCAAGACAGAACCAUUAUAUUUUGCUGUCGACUGGUUCAUGUGCUUGUACACGCGUAAUCUACCGUGGUCUACAGUUCUUCGUAUAUGGGAUAUGUUUUUCUUUGAAGAUAGUUCACGGUCAAACACACAAUUAUUUGAAGCAUACAUUUUGCUGCAGUGUGAAAGUUAUUUUUCGCAUUGCAUUAACUAUAUUUGAACUUUUACUCGGAGAUUCACAAUCGAGGGAUAGAUUGAAUUCAUUCGAUAAACUAAUGGAAUGUCUGCGUAAAUUGCCACAAAAUAUAGUCAGCGAAGAGGUGUUAAUCAAGCAUUCACUUCGUUAUACAUUCAUUACUAAACAAGAACUUAUAAAACUUUACAAAACACAAUUAAAAUGUAUGGAGUUAUCAACGUCAUAAUAUAAGCUAACCUAUUCAACCUGUAAAUUUGUAAAAUAUACUUUGUGGAUAAUUUUAUUAUACACAUUUUUAUUUAACAAAUGUGGAUCAGAAAGAAGAUACCCUAUGAAUAGAUGAAUAUUUUGCUUACUUUCUUUUGCCAAAUAGUUAUUUAUCUCCCUUUUAAUAAGGCACUGACAGCUACUACAAGGUUAUCUGUUGUUUUAACAAAUCACAGAUAUUUAAAUGUUGUAUAUAUUCAAAAUGUGAUUGGUUAGUUCAACUGCUUUGUUAUUACCAGUAACCAUAGAAACCAAGUCUUUCAAUAAAAAGAAUGCAAAUUCGUUUUCUUCAUGUAAAAAGAAAAUUAGAGCAAACUUUAUUAUUAUUUUUAUACAGUCAGUUUUGUGUGUGUGUGUGUGUGUGUGUAUACGUAUUGUUUUGUUAGAAAAGCCUAUAAAGAAUACAUGAUUUAUUUGGUAAUAACUGAUAAUAUCAGUGACAAGCAUAUUUUUCACUUACAUUCAUGAUGUACAGUGUGAAAUUUGUUCUUAAUUUUACUUAACAAUAAUUAACUUCUUUAUACUUGUAAGAUUUCUGUAAUUCUUACUUAAUUUCACUCUUGUGUAUCCUAAAGCCUGACCAGUUUGUAUAUUCAAUGAUUUAGUCUGUAAAUUCUUAAAUUGGUUUUUUCUCUAUUAUUUAGAUGGUAUGUAUGAGCUAAGUUACAACUGCUGAUUUAAUUUUUUCACUCAAUAAAUGUUUACUCCUCAA